GGUAGGCAGGUCCACGUUCUUCACUUCUCAGUACCAAUUACAUUCCAUCUCAUAUCCCACCCUUCUCACGCAUUAUCUUAAUCACCAAAACGAGCUAGUCUCUUUUCAUCUCAACCAAUCAUAAUGCAUUUCUCCACCAUCUUCACUGCUUCCGCCAUGGCUGGCGCCGCUCUCGCCGCCGAGCACACCGUUGCUGUUGGUGACAAGGCUGGCAACCUGGUCUUCAAGCCCGACAGCAUCAUGGCUGCUGAGGGUGACACCGUCAUCUUCAAGUUCUGGCCCAAGAACCACUCUGUCGCCCAGGCCACCUUUGCCAACCCUUGCCAGCCUAUGAACAACGGCUUCUGGUCCGGAUUCGUGCCUACUUCCGAUGCCGAGAAGGUUGCCACGACCACCUUCACAUACGAGGUUACCAACGCUUCGGCUCCCAUCUGGUUCUACUGCACCCAGGGCAUGCACUGCCAAAACGGCAUGGUCGGUGUCAUCAACCCUCCUCAAUCUGGUGCCAGGACACUCGAGGCUUUCAAGACUGCUGCAAAGGCUGCCACUGGCAACGUCUCACCCACAUCCACCGCUGGCACUGGCGGCAACCUGACCGAGAGCGACAACAGCACAUCAACUGAACCAUCUGGCUCACCUUCCUCAUCCUCAUCCGCACCACAAGCAACCGGUGCUGCCUCUCAUGUUGCUGGCAGUGCCCUGUUCGCUGGUCUAGCUGGUGCUUUUACAUUCUUCAUGCUUUAAGCGGCCGAUACAAGAGUGCAAAGCAUAUUUGAUACCCUCAUCAGCAUGUCAUAGAACAGCAGACGUCUUGGGUGCGGCCGGUAAUACGCAUCAUGACAAUCAAAAGCCACUGGUGGCUAGGAGUGAAGAGAUGAAGAACGAGAAUGGGAUUAUUUCUUGGUAGUAAUUAUCUGAGUUUUGAAUGAACAAAUGUAUACUCCAUAUAUCUAUGCUUU